AUGGAAGAUCUGAUCAAGGCCUUUAUUAAUAAGACAGAUGAGAUGCUUGAAACCCAUGGCCCAGCUAUCCGAGAACAGGGCACGACCAUCCAAAACUUGGAAAGACAGGUGGAGAAACUUGCUAAUCUAUUAUCUGAGAGGGUUCCAGGAAUUCUCCCUCCUGAUACUGAAAGAAAUCCAAAAGAGACAAUAAAGGAAGUAUCUUUGAGGAGUGGGCAUGUCUUGGAGGAUCCCAAGGCGAAACAAAAGGAUGAGUUGAUUGAAGGACAGGUAGAGAUUGUAGAGGAGCAGAACAAUAGCAACAUUCAAGAAGGUGAAGUGAUGGUAGAUGAUGUUUAUGCUAAAUUCUUGAAGGAAAUAUUGUCCAACAAGCGGAAAGUAAAAGAGACAUCGGUUGUCAAGCUCACAGAGCACUGUAGUGCUAUUCUACAAAAUUCGCUCCCUCAAAAGUGUGGAGAUCCAGGGAGUUUUACUAUACCUUGUUCUUUAGGAAAUAUCAAGUUUAAAAAUUCUUUGUGUGAUUUAGGUACUUCUAUCAAUCUUAUGCCUUUGUCUAUUUUCAAGAAAUUGAAGGGAGAGAUUGGAGAAAUCAGAUUGAUACAUGUGUCCUUACAGCUGGCGGAUCAGACUGCAAUCAUACCUGAAGGAAUAGUGGAAGAUGUGCUUGUUCGUGUGGAUAAAUCUUUUUUCCCUGUGGACUUCAUCAUGAUAAAUAUGUAA